GGUUCGCGAAACAUGGCGUCAGUAGCUGCCGUGACUUCUGGUUUUUCACGUUUUCAUGAUAUCACAAUACACCUUUACGAUAAUUCGGGAAAACUAACACUCCAUCGCAGCUAAUUAUGGGAUCGGAGGAGGUAAACAACACACUUUUAUAAGAGUUUAUUAAGGAGAAAACACGCUUUCGUCUCUAGCUAACAAACUCUCAUAAAAACACGUUUUUACCUCCUUUUUUCUGGUAUUGUAAAACGAUGGAGAGCCAUGUAGGAACGCAUAUAGCUAAUAUAUAUAAUAAAAUUAAACCAAAUCGCUGAAUAGACCUUUUUGAAUGUUUACGUCUUUGUGGCUCUAACAACUGCGUGGCAGGCAGAAAGAUCUGGAAGCUUGCUGAAGAAAGGUCUUUUUUAGCCCAUUUCUUUCAACAGAAACAUUCUUGAGGCUUUAACAUAUUAUUGUGUGUAGAUAGAUAACUUCUGAUUGGCACGUAUUCAUAUAAAUUGGUAAUAAUACCUUUGUGCGAAAAAACAGACUAAAAAGGAUCUUACUCUUACCUUCUUAGGGCCCGCAUCUUCUGAAAGGGCUUACCGCAGAAAAUGUAAACAUUUUAAAGGUCUAUAGCUAAAUAAAGCUAAACUAGAAAAAAAUUCAUAAUACACAAUAUGAUGGGUUUGAAGUAAGAGAACUAAGAUUCUAUGAAAGAUUGAACCCCUAUUUAUGAAAAGAUGACUGCGUUGAACAACUUGUUUUCCCAUAAUAGAUAGCUAUAAUAGAUCCCAUAACAGAUAGACCCUUAAAAAAAGGACCUGUAAUUGGUUUAAAAGUAUCUUAUGAGAUUUUCCAACCUGAGAGAAUAGCUAGCUCUAAAGGCUCCUCUCAGCCAAAAAGAGGAUGCUGAUAAGCCGCAAGCUGCAUUAUGUAAAGGGCAAGUUUAGAUGACUUUUUGAAUUGAAUUGGCGUUUGUCUUCCGAAAAUUGCUCGCACUAAAUUGAAUUCACGCGAACCUGCCUGGAGCAUUCCUGAAAUGCAAUUUCUUGUAAUAUGCCAUGCUGUUAGAAGAAUGUUAGAAGGUGCUAGAAGGUAAAAAAGUUGUUUAUCAAUUGUAUUGUAUCAAUACCCUGUAUUGGCACCCUUGUGAUGCUGGGAAAAGUGACAUGUGGUAUAUUUUGAUUAAUUAUUUAUUAUUUUAUUAAUUUGCAAUAGGCGUUAGCUAAAUCAUUCUUUGUAUGCUAAGUUUGAGGAAAGUUGCAACAUAUUUGUAUUAUAUCGCCCUAUAUGUAUAUUCACAAAAUUUGAUUACAAACUGAAGACAUGAAAUUAAGAGGCUUGGGACGAGCAAACGAGUGUCAUUUUGGCAUCUAUGCAUUUAUAAAAUUUAAAGCACAUCCCUUAACUAAAAUUACUGAUGAGAGAAAUUGUCAAAAUUUGCUAUUACUUAAAUAUGACAUAAUAAUUUUUGCAGCAUAAUUAAAUCUGAAGUUCUUCAAAUGUAAAUAUCUUGAGAUUGAAAAGAGCUUUUUAAAAAAUUUAGAAAGACUUGUUAACAUAUAAGUCCAACAUCAUUUUAUACCUCACAUUCCCUUUAAAAGCAACAUGUAUCAAGCGAACUGCUUCAUGCAAUAUUAGGUAUAACUAUAAGUAUAACACAGAACUGACUGUAAAAGAUGGCAAUAUACAUAAUACUCUUCUGAUAACAAAUUUGACAACCAGAAUGGGGCUUCUGCUGCCUAAACUUGCUUAAAGGUAUCUUGCGGUACUUUUGCUAGUUAUACUUGAAAGGUUUUCAUGAGAAAUUCCCAAUAACAUAUUCACACUUUUGUUAAACGUUCAUGUAACCCCAGAAAUCGUUUUUUAAAUAUUGGUUUUUCUUGCUACCUUCAGAGCUUCUUCAAUUUUUUUGUUUGUUAAAAAUUUCAGACUAGCUGCAUUCUUUUUUCCGUCACACGUUAUUUUGUGUACCACGCAAAUUAAUGACUUUUAUUUGCUUUAAUUAAUGACUUUCAUAGCUAAAAACAAUAAAUAUGUCCUCAAUCCCAGGGUUUGUUAUACAUAAAAAUCCUUGGGGACAAGGUUUCCUAAGUUACUUAGUACAUGAUAUAUUAUAUUGAUUAAAUAAAAACCAAGAUUGUGUAAGUGCCUUACACAGUAUAAGAGAGGGAAAUCACUGUCUAAUCAAAGUUUUUUUCUUCUGAUAUUUUUUCAAUAUGUUGCGUGUUUCCUAAUGCAUGGCUUUAUUUAUUCGAUGUAUAAAAAUUAGGUGCUGUUUUACAGGUUUACCAAGGUGAUGAUGUAAAGGUGGUGAUGUAUUUGUACCUAUCCAGUUUGACAUUUUAAUCCUAUUUACAUGAAUAUAAAUAUUUGGCGAUCCUGAUUAUCAUUAUUCAUACCAGCAAUUGUGUAUGAGCUUCUAACUUGUGAUGUCAAAAUUUUACAUAAUUAUGGACAAACUUUCUAUAUAUAAAUCCUAUCAGAAACCAAUGAAGACUUUUCUAAAAGGUUAGUACAGAAAAUGGCAAGAGCAAGUAAAAAAGUUUUUUUGCAAGUAUUAUGGACUGGUGUUGAUGGCAGUUGCCCAAGCUUGUUCCUGUUUACUGACACAAAACGGUAUAUUUUCAACUGCAGUGAAGGAAUACAAAGACUAUUUACGCAAUGCAGAAUAAAAAUAGGAAAGCUUGACACAUUUUUCCUGACCAGGUAUCAGUGGUCACACAUGGGUGGACUACCAGGAUUUGGAAUGACUCUUAGAGAUGUCAAAAGUAAUCUUUUCGCAGAAAGAGAACAACUAAAAAAUAAAGAGACACAGAAAAAUACUAAAAAAGUUAAUAUGCAACAUUCAAACCAACAAAGCUCUGGUGUCAUAAAUGUACAUGCUCCCCGAGGCAUGCAAAGAGUGCUGAACGCAUCAAAACAUUUUAUGCGAUUUGAUACAUCUGGUGUAUCAUUUAAUGUUAUUGAACAUGGUCAUUUUCGUCAAAGUUGUAAUGAUGUAUACAAAGAUGAUGAAAUGAUUGUUCAUCCAAUACCGUUAUACAAUGACUCAUCUUGUGCUUCUCGACAACAGUAUUAUUCUUCCUACGGAAAUAUUGAUGACAUUAACGUUUCACCUCGAUUUUCGCCACCCUCACUUUGUUAUGCAUGUCACCUGCAUGCAGUACCUGGAAAGUUUUUAGUAGAAAAGGCAAAAGAACUACGAAUACCUCGAGGACCAUUGUAUAGCAAACUAACCAAAGGUGAAACCGUCAUUCUGGAAGAUGGUAGAAAGAUUACACCUGAUCAAGUUGUGGAACCAGCAUUACCAGGACCUAUUUUUCUUAUAAUUGAUUGUCCUUCUCCAUUACAUAUUUCAAAUCUGAUUAAAAAUGAAAAAUUACAAAGCUACAUGUUGAAAAAUCAGUUGCCACAAGUCAUAUACCACUUAACGAAAAAAUAUAUAUGUGACGAUGAUUUGUAUCAAAGUUGGAUAAGUAGGUUUCCGUCCAGUGUGCAGCAUAUAUUUCUUGAUAAUCUACAACAAAAGCGAAUUGUUUUUCAAUCACAAUACAAUGUGCAAACAAUACUGAACCGUAUACACCCACAUGUGUUUCCAUUAAUUGAGCAGCAAAAGGCAAUUAAGAUGGAGGAAAAUGCAACCAGUGUAAAUUUUACAAAAUAUAAUUUACGAGAAACGUUUAAUGGCUUCAAAUCAUCAAUUGAUAACACAGAUGUAUUUGGUGACAAACACGAUCAAGAUCUGUUGAAAAAAAGAGAAGAGCUUUUUAAUUCCAUUGCCAGUGAUACAACUACUGAUUCUGCUAAAAAACUAUCUGAUGAAUCUCUAGGAGAAUAUGAGGGGCAAUGUAUAAAUAUAAAUGGAAAAAGACUUUUAAACGAUUCUUUAUAUUAUCCUAAAUGUAAAAAAGUUGAAUUGGAUCGAAGUUUUCCUCAAGUAAUUUGUUUCGGUACUGGAGCAGCAAUCCCGUCAAAGAAUCGAAAUGUUUCAGCAACACUAGUACUUUUAAAUGAUAAAGAUGCUGUUUUGUUUGAUUGUGGAGAAGACACCUAUGGUCAAUUAACCCGACAUUAUGGAGAUAAAUUAAACAACAUUCUCCUGAAGAUAAAAUUUAUUUUAAUCUCGCAUAUGCAUGCAGAUCAUCAUCUGGGUUUGACAACAUUACUACGAAGGUUGAACACUCUGCAGAAGGAAGAAACAGUUCAUGUUGUGGCUCCAGGAAGAUUUUCUAGCUGGUUAACACAAUAUGCGGAAGUUAGUGAGACUCUCAAAUUCAAAUUUACAGCUUGUCAAAACAUACUUGAUAAUGCCGUUUUCCAUAAUGAUAUUCAGGUGAAAGCUGUAAAGGUUGAUCAUCCAGGCUCUGCUCAUGGUUUUGUGGUUUGUAAUCACAACUUCAAAAUAACAUACUCUGGUGAUACAAUGCCAUGUGAGAAUCUCAUUACAGCUGGGAGGGAUUCAACCUUACUUAUUCAUGAAGCUACCCUGAAUGAUGAUAUGCCUGAGGAAGCUUUGGCAAGGAAGCAUAGUACAAUAACUCAAGCAUUGGAUGUUGCCGACAAAAUGAAAGCAAAAUAUGUGUUGUUAACACACUUCAGUCAACGUUACCCUAAAAUGCCAGAUCUGAAAAAUACUACGCUUGCAAGACACACUGCUUUUGCAUUUGACCACAUGGAGAUAUCAUUGGAUGAUAUACCAGAGUUCUAUGAUUUAAUUCCCAAGUUGAAAUUGUUAUUUACUGUUGAAACUGAAGAAUAACUGUCAGUGAAAGUGAAUAUUUGUUGUCAUUAAUUAAUUUUUUUAAUGUAGUAUCUUGUGUUUUUUUUUUUUUGAUUUUGAGUAAAAGUCAAUUAUUUGGUUACGAAUGUCUUUUGCAGUACAGUAGUUUUUUAGGAGAACUUUUGUAUUGAUAUUAUAAUAUUGUGUUUACAGUUCUUUUAUAUAGAUAUAAAAUAUUUAUUUAUAUUAGACUAAAUUGCAUAAUUUUAUUAUUUUAUCUUCAUCAUUGUUUUACAUUCUUAUUUUCGAAAAUUAUAUUUUAAGAAUGGAAACGGUAAUGAAAUUAUGACUUUAAAUGUAUUGGGUUGUUGACACGUGUAUUGUGACACCAUAUAUAGCUAUCAAUUAAUACUUUGUCUCCUUAUUUUCUUUAUGUUUAGGUCCAAAUAACAUCCUCUUAAAAGCGUCUGCUUACUCUCAUUUAACCAGUCGUUUACAUGGUGUAUUGUUAUAGUUUAGAAUAGUAAAAAAGUCAAUGGAUAAUGCAGUUGCAAGAGAAAAGAAUCAAAACAGGGUACAUCUAGAAAAAGCAAGAUUUUUACAUCAACGCUGGAAGCAAUUUUAUGAAGAAGAGAAGAAGGACGGAAAAAACACACCUUUUUACUAUUGUCUAACGAAGAACAAACAUCCAAAGUUUAAAGAUUUUGAACCAUUGGAUUUAGAUCAGUACUUGAGAGACUGGGCUAUAGAACAUGGAGAAUAGGAGCAGAAUUAUCUUAUGUUUAAUUUUUUUAAUGCAAAUAGUUUUGUGUAUAAAAUAGUUUGUGUUAAUGUAUUUUUUGCUAAUCCAAUACUUUUUUUUUGUUUAAGAAUAAAUCAUUGAAAAGAUAGA